AUGCACCCGCCUGAGUCCAUUUCCCCCAAAGUGUGUAUGUCAUGUGCUUCUAGAGCACAUGGACAAGCGGAUCGACGAUUGCCAAACACGACUAGAGCCGACCUCUUAUUGGUGCCUAUUCUCCUCCGUUUGCUCUCUCUUGUCACGGCUGUUGCCGCCACCAUUUCUCUCACCCCUGGCCCGAGAGAGCCCGAUUUGGGAAGGCUUUGUGUAGGGAAUGAGCCAAUCGUGCAGUUGGCGAAUACUAGUCUGCUUCUCUGA